AUGCCAUCAAACAAAUCAAGUGAUGUUGCUUCUUCCUCUGCCAAACAACAAAACGGAUUUUAUGCACGUUCUGUUCUGAAAAGAUUGGUCUCUGCUCCCUUACUUGAAGUUCGAUUUGACAAGGAUUUGAUCAUAAAAUUGGAUGGAAAGGAAGCUCCUUUCGUAGUUAGAGAAGUGACCAUGAAUGAAUGUGUCGAAUCAACAUUCCUGUUAAGUAAUAAUAAUGGACGAAUGGAGUGGCCAAUUGAAAUUUUCAGCAAGAUUCCAAGUCGAGUUGAAAGUACUUGCUCAAUGACUUUCUCAAUUCUCAAUUUGGUUGGAGUAUUAUUUAAGGUUAGCUUGGAUGUUGUUAGAGUUAUUGAAGGUCACUUUGUAAAGUUUUGCCCAAAUGCAAUAUUGGUCGAUAUCAUAUAUCAAAUGGAUGCUCAAGAAAUCACGCCUUUCUCUGGAUUAGUUGUUAAGCCAACUCGUAUUUUUGAAAUUCCAUCAAAGUUUGAAUUGAAGGAAAAUAGUUCCUCAGAUGGAAAUUUGGAAUUUGUCACAGUAUUUCACAAUAUUUAUUUGGGUAAUUUCUCUUUAGUGUAA